AUGAACAUUGUUCAGGCGUACACAAAGUUUAACGGGCAAAACAUAAUUCUUGUGUCUGGAUUUUCAGGAUCGGACAACUACGUCACAAUAAAAGGCGGUAUCAAAAUUCUAAAUUGGGAUAAUAUAUAUGAGUCUAUAGACUGGGAAAAACUAAACGAGUAUGUUAAUAAUUCAAAAACAAAAGGAAUUGUUUUGGUCGGAUUUGGUUUUUUAAAAGAUCGUGUUAAUUUUAGACCCGACUUCCAUAUUCACAUUAAGAUUAGCAAAAAAAACUUGAUUGAAAAUCGGAUAGCUUAUAUCAAAAAACAUUCAAAAGAUUUAUAUUUCAAUAAAGCGAUCGAAAAUAACGAAUAUCAAAAAUCCUUUGAUGAUGACAAAAUUAUUUUAAAUAAUCUUACCUACCCAACUUAUCUUAAGAUAUUAGAGGAUUCAAAAAUAGACAAGUUUAUUAAUACCAAUGAUAUGUCGGACAAUGACAUUAAAGAUGAGGUGUUUACAUACUUAAUGAGUAAUAUUGACAAGUGGUUAAAAAUAAAAAACCAUAAUGAACCAAAUAAGAAUAAGAAAGAUGUUACUAACAACAGUGUUUUUAGGCAGCAUCAUGAAGGAGUCAACGAACAUUAUGAUGAUUUUUACUUUCCAAACAAAAAACGCAUCAUGAUCAUUGUAUAUACUAAUAAGAUGAGUUAUUCUACUCCGAAUGAAAAAUAUAGAAAGUAUAAAGAUCUUUUACAAAAAGAACCUGAUAAUAAAGUUUAUUCCAGAAAACUAACAAAGUAUUGCAACAUGCUUAAAAAAUCCCAGAGCGGGGGUAAUAUAAAUAUACUUGAUCAAAUUCUUCCAAAUACACCAAAGUUUAGUGAUAUAUCAGCCACUAUGGAUAUAGAUACCAAAGCUAUAACUGACACGGACAAAGGACCAAGAGCCAAAACAAAAAAUCUUAUAAAUAAAAUUAAUGAAAUGAUCGCAUAUGCCCAGGAAACAGGCAUGACAGGUGGGGCUAAAAAAAUGGGCAAUAAAGUUAAAGGAUAUAGGCAAAUGAUUGGUGGUGUACGUGCCGUACCUGACCUUCAAGAAAAAUUAGCAAAACUAAAUCAAGAUAUGGGCGAGAAUGCUAUCGUUAAUGGAGUUAGGUAUUUAAAAAAUAGAGUGGACGAAUUAACAAAGGACACCAUUAAUCAAAAAAAUAAUAUCGACGACCUUAAUGCCCAAUUGGCUGCAUUGAAUAACCAAAAAAUAGAAAACGAGAAUGCUAUCGACCGGAAACAACAGGAACUUGAUGAUCUCCUGGAAGCCCACAAUAAAUUACGAGCCGUGUUAAAUUUACCGGGCGGUAUCUCAAAUGAAGAAGCCAUUAAUCAAGCGAGAGAAUUAUUCCAAAAAUCGGAAAACAUGAUCAACGAACUAAAUAAUGAACUUAACAAAUUAAAAGAAAAAGGUGCCCACGAAGAGAAUUUAAUUCGCAAUCUACAAGACCAACUCAAUAAAGCACAAGAAGAGUUGCGGCAAGCUGACGACACUUUUGACGCCGCCCAACGCAAUUUCGAUGAAAUUGUUGACGGGUACGAAAAAAAAUACAAUGACCUGUAUCAGUAUAUUGAUUAUUUAUUAAUGCCAUAUAAAAAAAAUAAAAAUAACACGACCAAUAAAUCGAAAUAUAGUCCGACAACAAAUUAUGGCUCUAGUUCUAGCUCUAGUUCUAGCUCUGGCUCUGAUUUUGAUUUGGAUUCUGCGAGACACAUGUUUUAUGGUAUGCCAGAUAACAACUAUGUUAACUUUAGUCAUACACCAUACUUUUAUUAUAAAGACACCAUCUACAAUCAAAUGUAUGAUUUUAACAGAUUUAAUGUCUAUCAUCCGCUCGUAAUGAAAUGGUUAUUGGGAUAUUUUGAUGAUAAUCAUGGUAAUUAUUAUGGCACGGAAAAAAACAACCGAAAUAGUCAAAACAACCUAAAUAACCAAAAUAACCUAAAUAACCAAAAUAAUCGAUACGUGGAUUUUGCUUUUGCUCUAGAUGACGAAUCGCUAAUUUAUGUUGAGGAAAUAAUAAGAACGACAAAUCAUACAUUUGAUUUGUUUGAAAUAAUUAAAGAACUUGUUCCUAUUAAAGAAAGACAUAUAAUAGAAAAAUUCCAAAAUGAUGUUAUGGAAAAAAAAGCCAUUUUAGUCCCAAGUUUUUUGUUCGAAAAAACGGAAAUUAAUGACAGACUUGGCAACAUUUUUAGUAUGUAUGGAGGCGACAGGGGUGGUAAUGGUGUGAUAGGUGAAUACAAGAAUUUAUCUGAUAUAAAUGUUUUAGUUUCAAAGUUUAAGUACGAUCUUGACCAAUUUAGAGAACUUCUAAAAAGAUGGGAUGUUUCGCGAAUAAAUUCUGUUUCAAACGAACAUAUGUCUGAACUGGUUCCUGACAGACAAAAGGCGUUUGAAAACGAGGACAAUUCUAAAACUAAAAAACACCUAUACAUCAACAACCACAAUUCGGUUUUGUCAGAUGUUCUGAUAAACGAAAUGACCGAUCGUCUAAAAAAUGACCCAAUUAAAAAUAGCGACAUUAUUACGCCAAAAUUUAAUUAUCACCCGAUAUCGAACAUUAAAAAAGCGUUGGAUAAACAAAAUGAAAACAUUAAAAUUACCAUAAAUAAGUUGAAUAUAUUAAAUAAUUUUAUUAACUAUGACUACUCUGAUUUUACAUUAGAUGAUUUCAUAUUUUUACAAACAGAUCCGGCGGAAAGCAAUAAAAAUUUAAAUUUACAGCAAAACGUAUUAAUAGAAAAAAUAAAAAAAGAUCGUGAUCACAAUGAGUCAAAAAGAAAUGAUUUUUUAAAAAAACAAAAAAUGGAAAAAAUGAACACACUUAUUUGCCAUAUAAUUAGUGUUUUACUAUAUAGCGGAUUAUUUAAAGAUAAUACAAAUAAUCAAUAUGACAGACCGCCAAUGGCGGAAAUCUAUGGCAAUCUACUUAAAAUGACCAAUACACCAGGCAAUAAAGAACAUAACGAAAUAUAUAAAAAGUUAUCAAACAUUGGUUCAGUAAAAGAUGUAAACAUUAAAGCUAUGGAUCAAUUAAAAACCGUAACAAACAAACAAAUCGAUUCAAUGCUAACAAAAAUCGUCCCAACAAAUGAACAGUUAAUGAUGGAGAUAGUUGAUGAAGCGGUUAUAAGGGUUGAAAUAAAUACCUUAAUGGCGUUAUUGGACAAAAUAUCCAAAUCAAAAAAAAAGUUGACAGAUUAUAAAAACACAAAUACCAAAACAGUUGAAAGUUUGUCUCAAUAUGCGUUAGAAAAUAAUUCAGUCAUAAUGAAAGGAGGAGUUUUGGCAGACACAUUUCAAGAUAUUACGGACAAUAUAAAUGAAUAUGAUAAAAAUUACAAAGACCUGAUUGAUACACUUUAUGAUAACAUUAUUAUCAAUGAUGAGCUUAGAGAUAACAUAAUAUUUAAAGAGAUUGAUAAGUUAACAACAAUAUGUGAAGGAAUAAUAUACUUUUUUGCCGUGUCUCUCCAAGAAAAUAUCGUUGUCAAAGGCGAUAAUGACAAUAGGUUAUGUUAUGUUAAGGCUCUUAAAUUUAUUGAAAUUGAUGACGUGACAAGAAUAGGCGAUAAAUGUAAACGUGUUUUGGCUGGCGACAACGUUGAUCUGUCAAUAGUUGGUAUAUUAAUGAGGAUGUCAAAGUUUGCCGAUAUGAUUAAAAAAUUAAAUGAGGGAUCCAAACUCAAUGCCAAAUACAUAGAACUGAGUUACAGGCAUAAAUCAUUUAUUCCUCUUAUGUCGCUUCAAAUUGUGUCACGGCUCAAAAUGUGA